AUGUUUACUUUAUGUGAUAUUUGGCCUUUUGAAUCACAACAAGAUUCGAUAGAAAUAUUCGAAUUACAAAAACAACAAGAAUUACAAUUACAGCAAAAUCAACAAACAUUAAUAGAAAAAGACCAACAAUUUGAACAAAAACUAAAAGAAAAGGACCAACAACAUCAACAAUUACUAAAAGAAAAAGACCAAAUAUUACAACAAUUACAACAACUACAACAACUUCAUCAAAAGCAAUCGGAACAACAUCAACAGACAUUAAAAGAAAAAAACCAACAACUACAACAACUACAAAAAGAGAAAUCGGAACAAUACCAAACAAUACUAAAAUAUCAAAAAUUAGACUAA